GAAGUGACCUCCCAAGAAGAUGAAUAGUUUCCAAAAAUUCAAAUGAUUCGUUCGUGCGAGAAGUACUGAAAUCAUAGCGAUCCAGUCAUCGUCACGCGUGCAUGGAACGACAGAGGAUGCGCCACGUGGACAACUUUCACCGACUUCCUUGGCGUCUUGUUCCCUAACUCCGUUCAGUUCCCAACACUGCGCAACACAACAUUGCCGCACUCUCGUCUCUCAUUCAUUCUUCUACUUAUUUAGAAGGCCCGGUCAGCCGUUUUGGAUGUUCUGAACCCUAAACUGCGAUAGCGGCUCAGAUUCUUGCUGUGAUUUGAAUGCUUGAGAAGUCUGAGCAUUCGUCCCAUUUCGCGAUUUGGAGCUGCGAUUGAAGAGGUUGACUUCUUGUUAUGAUGAGCAUCUGGAUCCACACAUUGCUCUUCAAUUAUCGGAAUCAUCAUUUUUGUUUUAUUUUUCUCACCAUUAUCUCCUGCCAAUUGUAUCAGUACUCAAGAUGAGUACUCGUUCUGUUGGGGGGCAUGCUCUCAGAAGUUACCGACGAAGGAAGGCUGUUUUGGAUUUGGAUCUUAAUAGAGCUCCACCUGGUGAGAAUCGGGAACAAGAGGGACCUUCCAUUCCACCUGAACCCCAGCUAGUUCAAGCUGUCCAGCAACCACAAGUUGUACAGCCUAUUGAUGUGGAGGCCAUUGAUGAUGAUGUUAUAGAAUGCACAGCAAGAGCUUUUGCUGAAGCUAAAAACAAUUCAAGAAGGAAUCGUGGGAGGACUAUAGUUGAUGUGGAUUUUGAUCAGAGUCAUAUAGCUGAAAAUGCUCCCAAUUAUUGCGGAAGAGAUUCUUCUAGCCAAACAAUUCUCAAUACUGAUCAAUAUAUAAACUUGGAAGGCAGUGGCAGCUCUGAGUGGGGGAACGAUAAAAAGUCAUCUAAACCUCCAAUGGAGCCUGUCUUUAGCUGUCCAAUAUGUAUGGGCCCAUUUAUAGAGGAAGUGUCAACAAGGUGUGGUCAUAUAUUCUGUAAGAGUUGCAUUAAGGCUGCUAUAAGUGCACAGGGCAAAUGCCCUACAUGUAGGAAAAAGGUUACUGCAAAAGAGCUCAUAAGGGUGUUUCUACCAUCAACUAAUUGAAGUAAGACUGGAUUUAAGGAGAAUCAGGAGUGGAGGAAACCAAACAAUACUUUGGAGGGAUUUAAGUUACAGUGCAGUCUUCAUUGUGAUCUUAGUGGUAGUUGCAUUGGAAUUUGUCCAAUUUGCUGUUCGGCCUCUGGUGUAG